UGUUAUUUGAAGAAAAUGGAAAAUGUUGACACUUUUAUUUUCAUCUGUUUGUGCUCAUGGAGUCUGGCUGGUGUGUUUGGUGUUGAUGAAGUGAAGUCAGUGUCAGUGAUGGAGGGAGAUUCUGCCACUCUGAACAUCAAUGAUACUGAUAUACAGAAAGAAGAUCAGAUAAUGUGGAGAUUUGGACACAUUCUCAUCGCUCAUAUCAACAGAAAAAACAAUAAGAGCAUGGUUUAUGAUGAUAAAGCCGGUGAGAGAUUCAGAGGCAGACUGAAGCUGGACAAUGAGACUGUAUCUCUGAGCAUCACAAACACCAGAACCACAGACUCAGGAGUUUAUAACAUAACCAGCAAAAAAUCAGAGACACCGCUCAACAUCUUCAAUCUUACUGUCUAUGCUCAUUUGCCUGUUCCUGUCAUCAGCAGAGACUGUGCUUCAUCAUCAUCAUCAUCAUCACCACAGCAGAAUUGUUCAUCAUCAUCAGGAUCAUCGGUGUCCAAAUGUGUGUUUCUGUGUUCAGUGGUGAAUGUGAGUCAUGUGACUGUCUCCUGGUACAAAGGAAACAGUUUAUUGUCCAGCAUCAGUGUGUCUGAUCUCAACAGAUGUCUUUCUUUACAUCUGGAGUGUCUGGAUGAUUCCUACAGCUGUGUGGUGAACAAUCCCAUCAGCAACCAGACUCAACAUCUCAACACUGAACUCUGUCAGCCAUGUUCAGAAGUCUGUAUCCUCUGCUGUGGUGUUACUGAAGCUGUGAUCCGAUUGGCUCUCUCUGCUCUGGUGGGUGUGGCUGCUGUUGCUAUGUUGGUUUAUGACAUCAGAUCCAGAAGCCAUCAACAGAAGAGAGAGCAAACAUCAACAUCACACACUGACUAAUCAGAUAUUCAGGAAAGUGGAGAUGUUCUUGAACAAGUGGAGACAUUACAUAUUAAAAACUACAUUAAGUAACUAGUAUUUUUUUUCUCUUCAAUUGUAUUUGUAGCACUUUUCAAAAUGCAAAUCUUUCUAAAGCAGCUUUACAAAGAGUAGUGCCUUACAAAAGCACUCCGAU